GGUUUCUUGAAUGCACCCAGUGGGAACAAAUGUCUAUUUGUUAUGUGUUAAAACGUCAAGCAAAGUCAAUUCCAUUCCUAUUCAAUUCUUGAAGAGUGAGCGCUAAGGAUUAGGAAUAUAAAUGGUUGUACAAUAAUAUAUGUUCUUUACAAAGUGGAAGGAAUAUUGUGCCUAUAAUAUGUAACGUGUUGAAUUAUUUAUGGGAAAAAGCUCACUAGAAAUAAAUAUCUGUUUGUGCUAUUCUAAUUUUUGUACUCUUAGUUUGAAAUGAGCGACAUAUUUUCAGUAUUUUAGGUUAUCUAAUUAUAACUGGGUCAUACCCUUGAGAAUAACAUUCAAAUGUUUGGCCUUGAAAUCUUGAGAGGAAACAACUAACAAGGAGGAAGUGAAAAAUUUUGUUCCGUGUCAGAUAAUAAAUUUAUUGUUGUUAGAAUAUAUUUGUUUUCUAAAGAUGGUGAAGAAUUCAAACUAACUUGUGUCUUCAAGUAUCAGUGACUACCGUUCAUUUUUAAUAAUAUUUACAAAUUGUAUUGUAACCUACAAAUAAUGUAGUUCACAUUUUAAUUCAAGAGAAAUGGAAGGAUCGUCUAGGUCUUAUUCUUCGACAUCCAGUGACUACAAUUUGAAUUGUAGUUCGAAAGAUAACUUUAGCAGUCCUCCCAAAAAGAAACAUAGUAUGGUCCUAAACCUUGGAAGUAAAAGUUCUAGUGUGUUUGGAGCUGACCAGACCCCCACUCCCACUCGCUUCAUCCGUAACUGCGAAGAAGUGGGACUUUUUCAAGAUCUCCAAAAUGUUAACCCAUUUGAAGAAACUUUUCGAAAAGCUGUGGAGUCAGGGAAGACUGGCACCCUUGCUCUACAAAACUCACGUGUGUCCGUGGUGACAGAUGAUACUCUUCAUACACCUCAUGUCUUCCCUCACAUCAUUGAGAAUGACUCGGUCUGCAGGCCAGAGCUCGGGCAAAAACCUUUAUCGGAUCGAGCAGGGGGUGAAGAGACUGCGGCUGCUGUGGAGGAGAGGGUAGGGGUGGUGCGGCCAGCAGUCAAGGUGGUGCGGCAAGAGGCUGAUACUUCUCAGCUCAGACCUAUUGCUCCUUCUCUAAAGUCUAGCACAGUGAGGGGCAGCACUACAACACAACCUGUACAGCUGAUACUACAAAUGCCUGACGGCCGAUUGAUGCAACUGAACGCUACUCCAUUGGAUACAGAUAAAAAAUCUGAGCUUCAGGGACCAGUCGAUUUGGUCGCAAGAAUGGACAAGCCGAAGACAAAGAUGGGAAGUGUUAUCCUACACACUGGCCCAGAGAAAAAACAAGACUCAGACAAUAUCUCACCACUCAUCAAAGAGAAACUGAAAGCACGGCUUGGUAACACGAGUGCAAGUGAAGGCAAGGCAUGCUCUGCUACUGACCAAAGGGUAUCAAAAUCAACAUUACGAGAUGAAGGAGUCCGAAGCAAACGAACAUCUUUUGUAACGAAUUCCAUGAGCAGUGAGGACGAUGAAGAGGCAAAGAGAAAAAGAUUUUUGGAAAGAAACAGAGCAGCAGCAAUGCGAUGUAGAGAGAAACGAAAAUUCUGGGUGGCAACACUGGAACGGCGGGCUGAGCAGAUGUUGUCCAACAACCAGCAGCUGCAGUUGGAGGUGGGGGCCUUGAGAGCUGAGGUGGCACAUCUCAAGACUCUCCUGCUAGCUCACAAAGACUGUCCUGUCACACAGGCCAUGUGCAACAAUCCAGUUAACAGUGGGUCUGUGGGUUUCCCAGUGGAAGUGGAGUCUAUUGCAGUGAAACAGCAACUCCAUGUUUCACCUGUUCAUAUCGUCAAACCUCUCUCCGCAGAUGAAACUGCUUUUCGACAAAAUCUCAGAAAAAAGCUGAGAACUGUUUCAAUUAAGAAAUCGGUUACCAAAAGUGAAAUAGAAACAAACAGUUGUGAAGAAAUUCCUAGGAAGAAGAGACUCUCGCUUGAUAUUGAAUCUGCAAAGCAGUCUCAGUGUCUGAGUGAAAAAGAUUCUCCACUAGUCCGUAGUGACGAGUACCUGAGCUCUACCCUUCUACCGAAUGAGCCCCUGGAGCUAGAAACGUUCAGGGAUAUCAGCAAACCCGUGGCGACCCAGGUGAUACAAGUGAAUCCUAACGCAUUGUACCGAGAGAACAGCUUGCGACUGUCCUCGCCCACCAUCGAGGGUCCUCUCCUGCCAAUAAGUCCCCACACAAACUCCAUCGACUACAGUUGACUCUCUUCCAAGUCAUUGUGAAACAAGUGCCUACUUUCAGACUGUGAUUAUUUAAUUUUUAAGCUUAACUUAGCUAAUAAAAAGAGCUAUUUUGUUAUCGUUGGAUUGUUUUCCUUUUUUUACAUAUAUUUACAAUGUUUAUGUCAAGCAUACUUUUAGUAUCAACUCAAUGUUAAUAAUGCGUACAUGAACAAAUGACACAUGUGGUAUCUUUAUAAGAAAAUAGUUUUUUUAUUCAAUAUUUGCAAGAGCUGGGUGGAUUCUCAAGCUGAUGUCAAGCACCCAAACUGUUGUAAAUGCAGACAGUAAGGCUUAAGAUAAGUGAGGUUAUGGCAGCCAUCUGUUCAGUGCCUUUUGCCUGCAGAAUAAUAAAAUCUUCUACUUUUUUGUGUAUUGUAUCCACACCUGAACAAUGGGUAGUUUUGUAAAAUAUUAAUAUGUACAUACUUUUAAAAUUUGUCUUUUAAGUAAUGUCAAUGAUCCAAUUAUUGAUUAUACCUGAUUGGUAAUUUGACUUAUCUAUAAUUCAUUUGAUUCCAAUGGUGGGAAAUCUACCUUUCUCUUUGCAUUGUGUUAGGUAUUAACUGUUACCUAUUAUAAACUGUCUUUUGUACUAUACUUGGCAUGGUGUUCUCUUAAAAUAUCUAUUCUGACUCAAAACCAAAAAAGUAUCCACCCAUCUCCAAUAUUUAAAUUGUGAAAAUGAUUUCUGUAUUUUGAUAUACAUAUAGUGAUACUCAGUAUUUUUUCACAUAUUCAAGUGACCUUAAUUAAUAAAUUAAAUGGUGUUUUGAUAUUAAACAUUGAAUUUCUGUGGUUUCAGUACAGAAAAAUAAUACAUUGUAAUGACUUGUAAGUUAUUUUAGAGGUGUAACUCCUUUCAUUUCUACAACAUCUCUGCUUUAUUUUAACUUUAAACAUUUGCUUUGAUGUACAUUAAUCAACUAAGACUGUGAAUGUUUUCACUUUAGUUGCCUUUUUGUUAUAUUGUAAUUUGAUUACUAAAUUUAAAUUAAUGAAAUAUAAUACACUUAAAUAUACUUUCUUUCAAAGUAUCUAUUUUAUAUUGUAGUUCUGUGUAAUUCAGAUUUCAAAUUGUAAUCCCACACAUAUCUAUUGUUUUUUUUAAACCACACAUUGUGUUUAUCAGUUGAUGGCAUACCAUUAAAAUAUUUUACAAAUGUU